AUGUCUACUCCAAGUCUGACGAAUGCCCAGCAAGUCAGAGACUUUGUCGAGACGAAACACGACAAGCCAUAUGAUGCUAUUGACCCGAAGAAUGCAGAACUGCCAGAGGGCUUUGUCGUAUGCAUCAUCGGCGCUGGAGGAGCUGCGGGAUCAGGGCUCGCAAGGUCUUUUGCCAAGGCUGGCGCCUCGGGCUUGAUUCUCGCCGCGCGAUCGCAAAAGACACUGGAGGCAACAGCCAAGGAGGUUGGUGAUAUCAAUGCAUCGGUCAAGGUUGCCUCUGCUGCGUGCGACAUCACUUCCAACGAGAGCGUCGUCAACAUUGCUUCAACUGUCAAGAGCCAGUUCAACGGGAGACUAGACGCCGUAUUUGUCAACUGUGGGUUCUCAGGUCCUCUCUCAAAGGCUACAGUUCUUGAAGAAGACUUUGAGGACGUUCAAAAGGCCUUCGCUACACACUGCUUGGGUACAUGGCUUGCCGCACAUCAUCUUUUACCCUUCCUCUUAGUGAGCAGGGGCAGUUUUGUUGUCAUCAGCUCCAUCUCAGCUCAAAGUCUCACCGGAUUCGGCACAACAUCUCACUAUUGCACCAGCAAGCUUGCCCAAGCUCGUAUGGUCGAGAUGUUACAUGCACAAUACGCCCACAAGGGCAUUUUUGUUGCUAGUGUACACCCCGGUGGAAUGCAGAGCGAGUUUUCACGGGCGGCAUCGAAUGAUAUUCAACACCUCCUAAAUGAUAGCCCGGAUCUUGUAGGGGCCUUUUCGGUAUGGCUCCUGAAAUCACUUGACUUGGAAAAGCGUAGACAGGCCCUGAAUGGACGAUGGGUAUCUUGUAAAUGGGAUGUCAAAGAGUUGGAGGGGAAAUUCCAACAAAUUCAGCAACGGGAUCUGCUCAAAUUUAGAAUGGCUGUAGAUUGA